UUGUUUACUGCGUUUUCCGCUGCGGAAAUUCCGAUUGUUUGCUUACGAAUUUUCAUAACUAUGAUCCUAUUCACUUUUCCAUACCUUGGCUGAUGUUGAAGCAGUCAUGAACGUGUUGGAAAAGGCGGAAAAAGCGUUAGAGUACUUGAAGCACAGUGAAGGGUUAGCAAAAGGCCAUGAGCUUCAAGCAGCGGCUGGGACCUUGGGUCGGUGUCUGGGAGCGCUAGGCGGUCGACACAACUGUGCGAGACAUUAUGCAAAUUUAUUACACUCUGCCAUACCGACUUUAUUAACUUUGGCGAGCAAUGAAAGUGCUGAGGUUCGGCUUCUGGGAGAUGAAGCACUGAACAGAGCAGUAGCUGGGGGCUAUACCUUCCACUCCUACAAAACUAAUAUUCUUUUACAAAACCAAAUAGAUGUGAACAAAAAUGCUAGGUGGAUUCGAGCAGCUCUCUCUCGCAUUUGCAUUGGAGACUGCUGGUUACGUCCGGGUGUUGGCAAAAUCCGUUAUCAAGCACAAACACUGUUUCCAAAGCUAAGUCAAAUUGUGCGACAGACAAAUGAAAUUCAACUUAUUGUGGAAGCAUUAGAUCUUAAUUUACCGCGGCUACUAAAAGCUUUGGCAGAAUAUACCACUGAUGAAGAGAUAUCCGAAUUAUCAAAAGCCCUCUUAGGACAUGUGGAAUGCUCGGAGCCAGCAGUAAGGAGGGGUAUUGCAAAUUGUGUAGCUCAUCUGUGUUCACAUCGGGAGCCUUUACUCACUAAUGUUUUAGCUAGAGUUUAUGAAAAAUUAUGGCCGUCUGCUCAAGAAGACAAUGCGUUGGUGGGAUGGUUUUGUGUUAUCAAAGCGAUCUUCCAGAUAAACAAUAUUUCCAAGUUCAAAGAAAAUGAUUUGUUUAGUGCGCAGGACUAUUUGGAGCUUUACCAACUUUGUAUUCACUAUAUAGAGCAGACAACUACCGAGCACAAUAUACAAAAUACGGUAAUGGAAUGUCUAUCCGUACUUUUGUCGCAAGCCAAAGAUGAGUACAAACGUGCGUUAUUAGAAAAAAAUCCGAGAGCAGUUUGCCUUGAUGAUAGGAGGAGCGAGAAGGGACACCGGAGAAAUAUAAGCUACACAAGUGCUAUAUCGUCUAAGACAGUUGCUAGCAUGCCCAUAGAUGUCAGAGAUACUGAAAUUACAUUUAGCGGUGCUUUACAAUUGGGCAGUUUGCUUCAGUUGAAUUCGGAAUGCGGCAGCAUGGACGAAUUGGCAAUACAGACCCCAGAUUCACCAGAAAGCGAUUUAGAAAUACACAUGACGGACGCCGAACAACUGUCCAGGGAUUUGUCGGAAAAGUUGCAAGAGUACGAGGACGAUGUUACGGACGAUGAAGGUAUUAUCACCCGUGAAGGUGGAUUGAAGAUAAAUAUAGGAACCAAUUCCGAUGACGACGUGAGGCUAAAAUACUGUUCGAGAUUGCUCGUUUCCAAGUUCCUUUUAACCGGAAAUAAAGGAGGAAUCAUCUCAGAUAGGAACGUAAGGGUAUCGGUGAAAUCCUCAGCACUAUCUUGUAUAUCGAUCAUCAUGCAGUUAUAUCCUCAGGCCGCUACGUUGUAUUUGGACAAGGAGGCCGAUCUCAAAUUCCAAAAUUAUUCCGGGUCAUCAGAAGGCACCGACACAAAUCCUGAUCACAUCAAUGAAUUCAUUAUAGAAAGGAACGUUUGCUUCCAAGAAUCCAUAACGGAAUCUCUUAGCCAGGAAUAUCUGAAUCCUAGCACGGACAGCCCGUCACAACAAUUAUUAAAAAAAGAUAGCAAAUCUUUAGAAAAAUCCACGGACAGCGAGCAAAAAAAUUCAAGUUCUAAAGAUAUACAAAGUAACAUUUUGGAUAGCAAAGCGUUUGCCAAAGAUUUAGUAGCGAGCGGUUUGAGUGCCGACAGUACAAACCCUAAUAUGACGAAUAGUAAUUUCACCACUAAUUCUAAUAUGACUGGUAGUAAUGACCAUAUUUCCACUGGAUAUCCAAUGUCUAGUAGUGGGGACAUUCUAUCUUCCAGCAUAGAUUUAGAUAUGAAAUUUGACCAUUUUGGAGAAUCAACAAUCAAUAUGGACACUACUGCAGAUAAUAUGGACACAUCUAAAGACGAAAAAAGAGUUCGGAAAGAGCUGAAACGUAUGGAAGAAGUUGCGUGUGUCUCUGGCAAAGAUAUUCCACCUGAUACAGAUGUACGCACGACUGAAAAUACAGAUAAAAAUGAGAAUUUUGAAUACCAACACAUGUCGGAUUUAUUUCUGUUGCUGGAGAGUCAUAAUGAUCCACAAAUUAGGGGCUUAGCGAGGGUUUGUAUUGGAAAUUAUUUGGUUGCUGCGUUAGAUUUGGCGCAUGGCGAUUAUAAUCGAUGGAGAAACUAUAGUUUGUUACCAAAGGAAGUUAGUGCAAAUUUUGGUAUUGAGAAGUUAAUAGAAAUUUUAUUGAAGGGCUUAGCCGACGAGAUCCACUCCUCAGUGAAUCACACGUUAACCGCACUGAUAACUUUAUCAGCAGCAUUGUGUAAUAGUGUCCACUGGUGCAUUAUCAACGAUGCUUUGAACUCGCUGAUCAGUGUGAUGAACAACAGCUAUUGGCUAGUUAGAGUAAAUCUAGCUAGACUUUACGAAUCUUUGCCGUAUUCGAAACUUUUUACGUUACAUCCGGAAUAUUAUGCUCGAGCUAGACUGAUAAUGGACGCACUACUUCAUUUGUUAGCGGAUCAGGAUCAAAAGGUUCGCACGGCAGCUGCCCAAGCGAUUUCAAGCAUAGUACCAAAGAUCUAUCCACCAAGACGCGCAACGCCAGUAUCAAUGAUGACCAAUAUAUCAAAAGAGCACAUACAAUUUUUUAAUUUCGAUUCGCACCACUUAUCUCUGGAAUUAGUGAGAGAGAUCUAUUUCUACAACGAUUUGCCUGAGCAGUUAAAGAAAGGCUUAACAUUGGAAUGUAAGGACAGUCUUAUGACGAUAGUUGGUGAUUUGGUCAGGAGAAUGAUGGCAUCUGAUUGCAAGCAUUAUUCGCAAGGUCUCCUUGAAACACUCAGAAUGAUAUGCUGUCGAUGGUCCCCCUGGAAGCAUAUAGAAGCAUACUCUGACCAGGGAAUUUUGAGCUAUUGCUUAGAUAAUCUGGACUAUUGCAAUGGUGUUGUUAGCGUUCGGACUACGCUGUUAGAUAUAUGCAGAUUGGUUUAUCCAGUGGAAAUCCACAACAUAAUGCGCCACAGAACAACAAAUCGUGACAUCUUUGAGCGUGAUACUCAGGAGUUGAAAGAAAAAUGGCAUCACUUGGAAAAUCAAAAGGUUGCUAGCUUAGCGGAGAAAUUCUUGCAAGUGACCUUGAAAAUGUUGAACGUUUUGGUGCAUCUGAUAGAGGAUGUCAACCCUAAUGUGCAUUUACAUAGAAGUGGUAUAGCUUUGCCGGGUAGCCCGGUUAGAAGAAAAACACAAGAUUCCAUUCAGAGAAAAGGCAGUAUUACGUCAGAUUCUGACGACAAAGGAUCAUUACGUAAACGUCAGCCCGUACCCGCUACCAGUUUGAAGGCAAAUUUUGCGGGACAUUUCUAUAAUGAACCUUUCUACAUGCGAUUAUAUGAAAAUUUGCGAGCCACUUACUCCAAUCAUAAAAUUAAUCUAGAUCCAAAAACAAGUAUUUUCCACGAAUUUCUCUCAACAACGCUAAACUGUUUGGCGAUCCAACUCGAAUUUGCAACGGACAGGGAAUUUGGGCCUGUAACAGAGGAAAUCCUUUUCUACCUUAAAGUUAUGUUGCCCCUAAGCCCCGAUUUAACUGUUUAUUGUAUUACUCAGCUUUUAAAAUGCCUCUUUGGAACCAACAUGAUUAACCAAUACACCGACUACAUGAGCAUAGCUGAUAAGAAAAUCGAUACUGAAACGUCUAGUUUCUUCCAAGAUGUGAUGCUAGUGAAUGCCCUCAAAACCAUAGACGACGAUAAAAGUAGCGUCAGUUCGAAUUCGAGUCAAAAAUUGUCGUUGGAUUCGAAAAAUCCACGGAUGUUCGACGAAAGACAUUUGCUGAUUGCAAUGGAGAAUUUCUCGAAAAAUCGUACGGAUAGAAAAUGGAGUACCAAUAAGAAGGAAUUGGAACGUUACAUACGGUUAUUUGAACCGGUUGUUAUACAGUCUUUGAAGAGUUACACAAUGCAGAACGACAUACCACUUCAAUGUUCAGUACUGCGUCUCCUCAACCAGUUGCUGGCAUUAAGAGUGAACUAUUGCAUGUUGGAUAGCGAUCAAGUGUUCAUCGGCUUCCUCAUGAAGCAAUUGGACUUAAUCGAGCAGCAUGAGAUACCGAACUGUUGCGACCUUGUGAACAGCAUUCUCCUAUUUUUGGUGCAGCUUUCAUCCUCGAAACAUCAUACGAAGACAAUUAUCGAAAUUCCUAAGCUAAUUCAACUAUGCGACGGUUUGAUGGCGUCAGGGGCACAGGACGAAUGUAUAGCUGGGUUGGAGCCGGUCGCUGUCAAAGUUUUCAGCAAUAUGGGAGGUGCCACUGUACUGGGUAGAGCCCAACAGCAAGAGAUCCAGGCUACUAGAGAAGUUCUUUUCUACAUGCUACAGAAAACUAUGCACCAACCUAAAGUACUGGACUUAGUAUCCUGCGUGCUAUCUCUCUCACAAGAGCAUCCAGAAAGCUACUACCGUUGGUCAGAGCUAGCAAGUGAUACCUUGUUGAACUUGCUCAGCGAGAGAAGUGUAGAAUGCGACUCCAUGCAAGCAGUAGAGUCCCUAGAGAGGCUGUUGCAAUCUUUAUAUAGAGAUGUGCUGCUAGAACAGACAAGGGUCGAAAUACUUUUGAAGAUAUUGUUCAAAGCGCCACCUGAUCAGGAAACUACGCCCAGAAAACUAAAACUUCGGUACUUGACAAUCGUAAUGGUUCUUCUGCGCAAAGUUCUCGUUUUAAUACCAGAAACGGAAGUCCUUCUAUCCAUAAACUACCUCAAAUCCACCUGCAUUUCACCACAGUCAAUAUUUUUCAACGUCAAACCAAACGUUGAUCCUUUAAACGUCCAAAAUGUGAAUGAAAAUUGCGCUAAUCUCUCCCCUGAUGUUAUUCUAGUUAGAUUUUUAUUUAAAACAUUGACGUACGUUAUUAUGGAGAUGGACGAUUUUCAAGCGAACGUCGAUCUUAGAGACGAUGAAGAUAAGGACCAGAAUCGUUUGUUGUAUGCGGUUUGCGUUAAUAUCAUUGUGCAGGCGAAGCAUAUGCUGCAUUUAACAAAUGGUUGCCUCUUUCCCCUAACAGCCAAAAUGGCUCAAACGAUCUUACACAAUGAACAAAGUGGCCUUAAUACUGGACUAUACAGUCCCGAGGAGAACAUACCUCUGGACGUCCUCAAUUUGAUCUGUUUGAAGCUUGCUCAUAGAAACCCCACAUUGACGGUUCAUUGGUCGCAUUUAUUGAUCAGGUUAAACUUUCUCUCACACAAAUACUGGCACAAGUUGAUUGGUUUCGCCCGUAAUCUUCCGCUGAGUGCAGACAGUAGUGAUACUACACUUUUAAGGGUUGAUCUUCUGCAAACUGCCUGUGUUAUGGCUUAUUGCGAGUAUUUCGUAGACAACGGUCUCUCAGAAGCCGUACACCUAACUUGGCUCCUAGUAAACAGAGUUCAUGUACUCGUUUCACAAUUUAGCGAGGAAAUCAUUCGAAAUCUAAUAGAUAGGGUCCAACAAGCGGGUGGUGCUUCGGGACUUAUGCUGCAAGCUGUUGCUGCGAGAUGCCAGAGCUGUUUAAAGGAUGACUUUGCCAUAAACACGUACAAAAUCCUCUCUCUGAGCCACGAGAGUCAAUCGGGUGCGUUGGUGUUUUUAAUUUGUCGUAUUAUUGGUAAACUGGAACCAGCUAUUGCUACGAGAUUUGAAAAAUUAGCAAUAGACAGAUGUCUAAUGCUAACGGACAUGUCCACCGAUGUGAUAAACAGUCAGCUUACGAAAGAAGACGUGCAAGUGGCUUUAGAACUAUUGCAACGAGAUAAGGUUCAUAUUCGAUUUUCCAACUUGGUAGUAAAGUUGAACGCACUAGCAUCUACAAUAUUUGACUUGUCUCCACUGGACCUCUCGCAAGACAGAGAAAUCAACGCACAGUAUAUUAUUACGACUAAUGUUGAUGGUAAUUGGUUACAGAGUCAGAUAAAAAGCAGAUGCUGUCAAGCUGAUUGUGAAAUACCGAAAGUAUCAAAACAUACUGAUCUCGCUCAAGUAUUAUCAAAGCUGUCCUUAGAGUCUCUUACAAUAAUAAUGACUUGCCCGGAAUUUGAUAGAAAAAUUUUAAGCUCAUGUUUCAAAAUCGGGUGUGAAAGUUUCACGAGAGAUUUUCUCAGUAAUGUAUCUAUUUAUGAACUUAGAGAGACUGAAAUAGAAACUAUAAGAGAACAGAGAGAAAAUGCAAGAGUUCAAGACGAAAUGGCGUCAUCUGUCGAUAGCAAUAAAUUAAGUGUCGUAAAUUCGUUACAUGUUUUUAAAAAAAGUGACAAUAGAGAAUCGAAGUCACAAUUUUUUAUACCCAUUAUGGAAAACGACGUCAAAGAAAAAUUUGGGAAUCUUAAAAUAAUAGAUGAAGAUUCUGAUAUCAUGGUACCGGAAUUGCCUAAGUUAUAUCUAGCUGCCGUCGCAACUUUAGACAAAUCUCUGUCCGAUGUUCUCAGGUUAUUUCCAAAACAGAACAGGCCGUUGAGUCAGUCGGAAAAUUUUAGCUUGAACGUUGAACAGACUAUAGACAGAUACACCAAAAGAUGCCACCAAGUGUUUCAAGAUAAAUUGUUCUAUCAAGAAUUUAUUGCGAUUCAGACGAUUUUGACUGGAUUUCUAGACGCUGUGGACAAAGUUUUGACUGUUAUAGACGAAACUGACUGCGAUCUAAUAGAAAAGUGCGUCGAGAAUAUAAUACCAAAUACGUUGGCGCGAAAUAUUGCCGUAUUUUCUGUAGUGUCGUUGCAAUAUCUGUCGUUUAUGAUUAAAAAUAAGAAAGUUGUGGAAACUCCUGUUAACGCUGACGUUUCAUUUCGAGCGACAAAUGCUGCCUCAGACAAUGUAUGUGUGGAUCACGUGAUGAUUGUUACCAUAGACAAUGUGGCGAAGGCGUUACAAUUUAAUGAGAUCUGGUCGGAAUUGAAUGUUGAGAUUAACUUUAAUAGGGCGCAGUCGGCCAUCAGUUGCUUUUAUGCGAUUGUAAAGUAUUUGGUGAAGGAUACAAAACCAUUGAUUCUGAAAACUCACUUGAAAAUUAAAGAUUCUGGCCCGCAGCCAGAUAUUAUCAUAACGAGUAAUAAACUGGCUACAUUAGUUGAAUAUUGGGAGGAGAACUUUUAUACCAAAGAUAAAAAGUAUAUCAUUGGUAAAAGAUACAGAAAAGCUAUUGAAAGCCUCCUUAUCAGUUUAGCUAGAUUGGAAAUCGUUUCAAACGUUGCUAUUAUUCCUACGAUAGCGUGGUCGUAUGUAGACGUUCGAGUAAAAAUGGAUCAAUUGGAAAAAAUUGAUCUUCCCCUUCAACCUUUACAAGACAUGGACGUUUUGGAGGCUUUCCUAUUUAGAGUAAAUCUUAUAGGAUGGUCGUCAAAGAAGCAAUUCGAAGAGAUAUGGGUGGGCAUAUUAGGGGCUCUGCAGGGCAACGGAACGCAUUGGGCGGUGAAUGGGAUAACUCAGCUGUUGCUCAGUGUUGCGCCUUCUAUACGAGGCAAGAUGCUUCAUGUGCCGAGAAAAUAUCAACCUUUAACUGAUGGCAUGCAACGACUUCGAAACAUCCUUAUUGGCACAUCGGCGUACAGUCUCUUCGAGGAUGCCAAUUUAGAAAGGGUUCCUCUUCUAAAUGAGGGACAUCGAGGAUUUCAUUACGGACAAUUUAGUACGGAAUUCUUGAAGUACGCUGCCGAUAUAUCAGAUGAGGCGUCAUACAAAGUCCGCAAAGAAGUAAAACGCAAGAGGAAAAACAAGGAGAUCGAUAUUAACAGUUGUUUACAACUUCUAAUGGACGUGACUACGGAUAUGUUGGAUUCUAAGUCGCCAACUGGUAUAGCAGGUCGGGUGGCGCUAAUAAAGUGCGCCGCAGCAACUUCUAUAGGCGCGGUGUUAUCGACGCAUACGCAGUGGUCGCGUGUGGCUGCACUGCUGUCAUCUUCGCCACCGCCACAGUGGGCGUUGGCAGCGGCAUCCGCUUUGCAUUCAUUGGCUGCCUGUUUACCUGUGUUGCAUCACGUGCAUCAGGUGAGAUGGCGAAGGCUAGAAAUUGUUAUGGAGCUGACAACAGUCCAUGAGAAAUUGCUGAAAUCCCUCGGCUCCAGUUUCCCCCCACAACGUCAAGCGGCGCUUCGUGGUUGGCUAUUGCAACUACCGCAGUAUGCGAGAGUCACGCAACCGGAGGCAAUCACGCAAUUACGACAGACCACUGUUUCACAUUUGACUUAUAAUUUUAAACUAUCACUACACGAGCAAAGUUUAUAUUGGGCGGUAUUGUUCACUUUGGUGGAACUUGGGCAUCCGGAUCUAGUACAUAUCGCAGUUGAUUUUGUGCUAGCUAAUCCCAGACAUUACUGUGCUGAUUUAGUUGUUAAGGGUAUAACAUCGGUCAUUCGCCAACAAGUUUUGCCAAAAGAUCUCAAGAACAUUAUAAUCGAGAAGUUAUUGGAUAUUGAGAAUAUGAAAAAUUAUUCAGAGAAUCAUGCGGUGCAGAUCUUGAUGGUGCAUCUGUUUUCAGCUGACAACAGAUUGAUUAGUCCCAAACUGGAAUCAGACGUUUCAAAUAUGGACCCGGAUGUUCUAAUGAACUCCAUGGAAAGAAUAACUCUUCUGUACAAAGUCCUACGUCAAUGCAAACGGAAAGAGAACAAAAAUAUUGUAGCAUCCGCCUUGAAAUACUUUUUGAGGGAAACAUUACCUCCCGCUGCGACGCUUAGCAGAGUUGUGAUAGAAUAUUUAGAGUGCUGUAAAGAGACGGAACGGAAAAAGAUGGCAAUAUUGAGUGACAGAAAUAGGUGGAUUGAUUGUUCGGUACUCAACGCUGAAAUUGUUUUUGAGGUAUUCGAAACUUCAGUCAAUCAAGAUCAGCUACCAGUACUCAGUGGAUGGAUAUUCGAGGCGCUUUGCCAUUUGUUAUCAGGAAAAAUAUCCACAAAACUUCUUCCAUACUGCCUCUUGACAUUGCUAGUUUCAGCUAGUUCUAACCAAUUCAUUAGAUCGAUUAGCCCCUUAUCUUCCCACAUAUUUAGGGUAGGUCUCCAUAAAAGUAGGGAAAACUCCCAAAAUUGGGGAGAUUUCGCCGAUUUUGUUGAAAAAUAUACGGGGAAUAUGUCCUUCUCCGAUCGUAGGUUGUUAUGUAUCGUGGCUUUACAUUCUUAUUUUAGUGCUAACCAAUUGGAAAGAUUGAAGGAACUUUGCGAAGGUAACGAGCAAUUCAAUGACUUGAUGCAAUGCUUGACGGCUUGAGUUAAUGUAUGAAUAAAAAAAGGUUGUUUUAAUAAUACAAGGCUUCCUAUGUUGCCUUAGUACUUCUAUACAAUUAGUUGUACCAGAUAUCGUCAUUGUGGUAGACAUUAACUUAGAUUUUAAAAAAUAUUUAUAGUUAAUCAAUAUUUUAACUGAAAUUGUUUGAUAUGUAAUGAAAUGUGUUUCAAAGUCAUGCAUAAAAAUUGCAUGGAAUGACCAUAGAAAUCUUAUUAACGAGGCACUAGAAAUUUUAUGUACACGUCACCUUGGCCCCACGAAAAAGACUACGGCACUCGAAUUUUAACAAAACGUUUGUAUUCUUACGCUGAAAAACAACUAGUGUUGUGAAAAAAACAAAUGUAUGACGCUGGGAGCUGGCAAUAAGUAUUUUCCAUAUUUAAAGUAUUUAUUACGGUUCUAGUAUCUUGUUAUUAAGAUGCAUUUUCUAUGGAAGUGCACUUGAUUUUAAUGUGUGCAGAAACAUCAAAAAAUUAGGGACGUCGAUAAUGCCCGAACCUAAUUAAAAAUUAUUCUUUGUAUAAGUUACAAUGAAAAGUUAUGUCAUUCCAAACUAAAGUUUUAAAGAAAUUGUUGAAUGUAGUAGAUCUUAAAGGUCGAAAUAAUUGUUAAAGUAUUUAUUCGGAAUCUAUCGCAACGCAUAGAUGCCUCAAAUUAAGUCGAUAGGCAAACCAGAGUCAUAAGUUGUAUUUAUAAUGUUCAUUUCGAUAGCUUCUUACAGUGAACCAAAACCAAGGUAUGAUUAGGAACGAAAUUUCGUGGUUGCACCUGCUCUCUGUCUAUUACCUAUAGUCUAUUGUCUAUAGUCUAUUGUCCAUAGUCUAUAGUCUAUUGUCUAAAGUCUAUCGUCUAUCGUCUAUAGUCUAUAAUCCAUUGUCUAUAGUCUAUUGUCUAUAUAGUAUAUUGCCAUAAAGUACAAGUGCACUGGAACUGUUUAGAAUGUUUCAUACUAUUGGGAGAAUGCGUGCUUUAUAUGAUGUGUACAACAUUUUAGAGUAGAUUGGGAAGCAAGUUGAAACUGACAUAAAUUCUAAACUAGUUAUAAGAUUAAUCUGUUCUUAUAAAAAGGCAUGCGCACAGAUGGCGUUGUGUGUUGUUGCUGUAGUAUGUUGCAUAUUGUUUAUCGAUGGUUUAAGAACAAUGUGAGUCAGUAUGUAUUUUUAAAGAGAUAGGAGGAUGUGUGAAAAUGAGCAACUGCUGAGUUUCUUGCCGGCUUCUUCUCGGUAGAAUCUGCUUUCCGAACCGGUGGUACAGUCAUUACA